GCGACAACGAUGGAAGAGAUCCGGGAAGCGGUCGAUACCGACAACCUGGCGGUCCUGCGCGACAUCGAGACCGAGCAAGUUAACGCGCCCUUCGAUGUCCUCGACGAGCACGGGUACGCGCCGUACAAUCGGUCGUACAGAAACGUGCUGGAUUACGCCAUCCGCAAGUUUGGAGGAAGCGCGACACCGGCCGUCGUCGCCGUCCUGCUGGACAAGGGGGCCGCCAUCCCUGCGGGCCUGCUCACCACCGUAGCGGGCGAGGCGAGCUACCGCCACGCCAAGGACGCCUCGUUAGCCGACGAGUCGCUGGACAUAUUGCGCCUGCUCAUCGAGCACGGCGCGGACGUGAACUACCGCGACGAGGAAGGGAUGACCGCGCUCCACGCCGCGGCGUCGUACCACACGCCCGCGUUCGCGGCGGCGCUCCUCUCGGCCGGCGCCGACGCGAACGCGUAUCGCACGAUCGUGCAACAAGCCGUGCGCGACGAGUUCUCCGACUUCGAGGACGAGGAGGACGAAAUGAACCCGCCGACGCCGCUCAUGGCGGCCGCGAAGGCGUCGGUCUCGUGGGAGGUCGUCCGCCUGCUCCUGAGCCGGGGCGCGGAUUUCAAGAGGACCGACCGCGCGGGCCGGACGGCGUACAGCUUCGCGAUUGAGGCGGUGGAAGGCGAGCGGUACGACCGGCAUGUUUUCUCGGAACCUCUCGACCCGGAUGAUUGGUACUAUAUCGCGGAGGGCCAGGCACGCCUCGCGGGCGAGGGCGAGCGCACGAUCGACCUGCUGCACGACGUGCGCCGCGCCAGGUCCUGGACACGCUACAGCAACGUCCCGAGGCUCGCGCUCCUCGUGCUCCAGAAGCUCUGCUGGCGGCGGCGCGCGGCCGCGCCGCCGGGCCUGCUGGCGCGGCUCUUCCCCCAGGAGCCCCAAGGGCGCCGCCGCAAACGGAGGACCGUGGAGGCGCCGGCGAUCGAGGAGCUGGAAGCGACGAGCGGCUGCAAAGUGACGCGGCCCCGGACACGCACGAUUGCGGACGCCGCCGCGCCUCUCGUCCUCCCGGACGAGCUCUUCUGGAAGUGCCUCUCUUUCUGGAGGUCUGCGCGCGACCCUGAUUGCUAA